AUGUUGCUGCUGCUGGUCAUAAUCGUUCCCAUAUUGGGCCCCACCAUCUCCGAGGGGGGUGGAAUUGGUGGGGCAGGAGGAGGAGGAGGCGGGGGAGGAAGUGCUGGUGCUAGUGCUGGAAAUAGUGACGAGAACGAUUCCGUAAAGAAGACGACCUCUCGUGUGGUGCAUAUUAAAUAUGGUGCGGUGUCUGGCACUAUCGAGCAUCUCGAUGGGCGACAUCUGGAUCCGGUGGAGGCGUUCCGUGGAAUACCGUACGCUUCGCCACCGAUAGGAACGCUACGCUUCAUGCCACCGGUUACGGGAGCACUUUGGUCUGGCGUCAAAAAGGCGGAAAGGUUCAGCCCAGUUUGUCCGCAGCAUCUUCCCGAUAUUGCCAAUGAAACGGCGGCCCUAGAGCGGAUGCCACGUGGUAGAUUAGAAUAUUUAAAGCGAUUGCUGCCAUACCUAAGGAAUCAGUCCGAGGAUUGCCUGUACUUGAACAUCUACGUCCCAACACAAGGUAACUAA